GGCGAGAAUGGCGAAGCUGGCAAGAUGAGGAUGGCUCCUCCACCACCUGCAGGCUCUGUAGACCCUGUAGGUUACAAGACAAACCCACCUCCCAAGGGAAGACAGGUGCGGGUGUAUGCGGACGGUGUCUUUGACAUGUUCCACCUAGGCCAUAUGCGUGUCCUGCAACAAGCAAAGACCGCUUUCCCGGAUACGUAUCUCAUAGUCGGAGUUACGGGCGAUGCUGAGACGCACAAGCGGAAGGGUCUCACGGUCAUGUCGGCCGUCGAGCGGGCAGAGUCGCUCAGACACUGUCGGUGGGUUGACGAAGUGAUUGAGGACUGUCCGUGGGUUAUUACCAUGCCCUUUCUGGAGAAGAACAAGAUCGACUAUGUUGCUCACGACGACCUUCCAUAUGGAGCGAGCGAAGGCGACGACAUCUACAAGCCUAUCAAGGAGCGUGGUAUGUUCCUGGUCACGGAGCGCACCGAAGGCGUAUCCACUACCGGAAUUAUUACGAAGAUCAUCCGUGACUAUGAGCAGUACGUGUCGAGGCAGCUCAAGCGCGGCACAAAGCGCCAGGAGCUCAAUAUCUCUUGGCUGAAGAAGAACGAGCUGGAUCUCAAACGACACGUUGCAGAGAUUCGGAAUGCGAUCCAGAACAACUGGACCACUACCGGGCGAGAGCUAAGCAAGGACUUCCAACAGUUCUGGCAGCCAAGUAGGCCUACAAGUCCGCAGAAUACUACGCAGCUUAUUGGUUCGAGCCGCCGUAACGGCUCAAGGAGCUCGUCUUCCCUUAACAGGGGCCGCAGCAACAGCUCGUUACCCAGUGAUUCGAGGAAUACCACCAUGGAUUUUGCUGCUGGAUAUGCAAUGGGGCUCAUCGGCGGAGUCCGAGGCUGGAUGACACGGCCUGACAGCAGGCCACAGAGCCCG